AUGCCUUUUUUUAACACUAUUUCGUUAACGAGAAAAAUGUGGCCAAAAGUAUUGCAAUCCGUAUUCAUUUUGCUGUCUAUUGUUUGCCAUUUGUCCGCACCGUUACAACUGAGGGCCGGUCAGUGUCCGCGCAUUAAACCCAAAGCUAGCUUUGACAUUAACAAGGGUCAUAAAGACCGUUAUUUAUUCAAGGUAUAUUAUGUGAGAGCACAUCCGAGUCAUUAA